UCUGUAAUGAGUUAAAGAGUUAUUAAUUGGCUCGAAUGCCCUUUGGAGUCUUUGCCAUCUACUUUUGAUGGAAAGAAACUCAUUGUUUUAAAUAUGCGAAGAAGCAAGAUUAGAGAUUUAGGCACGGGAUUGCAAUCUAAGAACUUAACAAGUAUAGAUCUCAGUGACAGUAAAUACUUGACAGAAAUAUCGAAUCUUUCAAGUUGCUCAAAUCUAGAGAAGUUGAUUCUUCGUAAUUGUAAAAGUUUAGUCGAGGUUCAUGAUUCUGUUGGAUUUUUGAAUAAGCUUGUUGAAUUGGAUUUUUAUUGCUCCAAUAGCCUAAAGAAGUUGCCAAGAAGCUUCAAGUUGAGAUCUCUAAAAUUACUUGAACUUGAAGGUUGUACAAGCCUUGAAUACUUUCCUAAAAUUGAGUGUGAAAUGGAACAUUUGAAAUCUGUCCGGUUAGAAAGCACUGUAAUACAAGAGCUACCUUCAUCCAUUACAUACCUCACUGGGCUCGAGGUGUUAUAUAUGCAUGGGAGCAAAAGCCUUGUGCGUUUUCCAAUAAAUAUUUUUGAGUUGGAACGUCUACAGGAAGUUGAUGUCUUUGAUUGUCCAAAUCUUGUAAAUUUUGGAAAUGAGGUGGGGCAUAAUGGACAAUCCAUGCUAUGCACACAUGAAAAUGAAAUUUCAGCGAGUAUGGAAUCUCUCCCAUUGCCACUUCCAAAAUCAAAUAAUUUAUCUCGGAUAUAUAAUUUUCCAUCCAGUUUGAGAAAAUUAAGUCUAUAUGGUUGUGGUAUUGUUAGCCUUCCUCCAUGGAUAGAAGGAUUUGUUGGAUUAUCUCACAUUUAUUUGGGAGACUGCAAGCAACUUGAAGAAAUUCUAUACAUUCCACCAAAUAUAGAAGAGGUAGUUGCUGGAGGAUGUUCCAGCCUAAAGAAUUUUUUCCCAGAAUCAAAUAAUUUAUCUCGGACAUAUAAUUUUUCAUCCAGUUUGUUGGAAUUAUUUCUAUUUGGUAGUGGUAUUAUUAGCCUUCCUCCAUGCAUCCAAGGAUUUGUUGGAUUGACGAGACUUUCUUUGAGAUACUGCAAGCAACUUGAAGAAAUUCUACACCUUCCACUAAAUAUAGAAGAGGUAGAUGCUACAGGAUGCGGGUUAUUGGAACGCUUUCAUAAUGUAUCGACGGAAUCUUCAUUCGGUAUACCCGAAUUAAAACGGCUAACAAGGAUUGACUUAUCAGAGUGCAAUAAAGUGGAAGUGGAUGUAGGGAAUCGUGCACCAGAUCCUUUAUGGGUUCAGAAACGCUUUCGGUGGAAAGAUUCAAGUAGGAUUAUAUAUCCAGGAAGUAGGAUUCCAGAGUGGUUCAAGUAUUGCAAGGAGACUACUUCAUAUAGUAAUUCUAUUGAAAUAGAAAUUGAUCAUAAUGCGUCCAUGUGUUUUAGGCAUCAGAUCGUAGCAUUAGUUUUGUGUUUUGUUGUCGGACCUCUUCUGCUGGGAUUUGAAACUAUUACUAUCUCAAUAAACGGCCAGUCAAUGAUGUGGGACCCAUAUUGUGAUUUUUUGUGGCCGUCAAUGGACCCACAUCGUGUAUGUCUAAAAUACAUAGCUGGAAAUUCUGUUGAUGAGAUGUUGUCAAGAAGUUACAGGGAGGGGAACAAUAUGAGGUUUACAUUUGGAAUUAGUUCAAGGAAAGCAAUCAUCAAAAGUGUUGGAGUCCAUCUAAUAUACGGGAACGACAAUUUCAUUAAUCCUAUUCAACUUUCAAAGAGAUACCGAGAUGAUGGUGAGCAUGACUUGGAACCCGAUUGGAAACCACAACAGAAGAGGCGGGGAUCUUCAGCCAGCUCUAGCAUUAUGGAAAUUCAAGGAUGCUAAUGAUGAUUUAAUUAUUAAAGAUUUGGAUUUAGAACCUCGACCUGGGAUUAAUUGAAGUUGCAGAAGGAAUCAAAGUUGCGGAAGCAAUCAAAGUUGGGGGAAAGAACUGUAACGGAUUGCACAUCAUGCCACCAUUUGCUAAAAAACAAACUACUUGGUCUUAGCCAACUUCACAUGAGGCUGGUGAAAGCUCAUCUAGACUGGUGGCACGACCUUCCUGGAAGAAACUUUGUUAUCGGAGAUGGAUUGUAGGAUGGAUGCACAUGUUGCUCCAGUGAGGAGACAGCUCGAAGAUAUUGCAUCUAGACUCAAGAACACAAGGAUUCAACUCCAAGAUCUACAGAGUGCCUUCAAGGAAAAUAUACCAUAACCAGCAGAGGAUUGAUCCUACAGGGCUUGAUUCACAUUCUAUUUCUACUGGCUAACUUUUCAUUAUGUUUGUAUUGUACCGUACUCCUUUUGAGCAUGUUAUUUCAACAUGUUUUUGUGUCUGUUAUGGAGGUAUUAUGGAGCCUUGAUUCACUUCUAAAGUGAUAUUUGGUUGAGCUAUUAUGGAGUUGAUGAUCUAGAACAGUAAAAGAGAUGAAAAAAUAAAUGUUUGAAGAAGGCUGAUUUGUAUGC